GAAAAAAACAAUUGUUACCUUUCAUCAGGACAACAGUAUGACUGUGGGCACAGACUCAAAAUAGCUCUUUUGUUUUUUCAGGAAUGUGAAUGAUCCUGCGUGUUUGAUAAGAUGCUGCUCAGCCGGGGAAUGUAGAUCAUAUCUGCAGACAGGAGUGUCCACUCCACACAUUCCUGCAUUCACAGAUAAAUCUGGGUUAUUUUAAAUGAGGAAAAAGAGUUUGCUGUUUCCGCGUCACACACAUACGAUAAUGCUGUAUAUCCACUGAAGAAUUUCAACAUAUUGUGUUUCCCUUCUCAUAUUCUGACACUCAUGAAUGAAUAGGUUAGGUAUGUUGAUUCAUGUAGGUCAUAGGAGUGAUUUUGUUACCAUAUCAAAUUGUGGGAAACAUUCUCAUGGCAGUUCUGAGACUUGUUGUGAGUUUACAUAUACCAUUGUUUACACUUUGAAACACCUCGUUCGUCUCAAAAAAGCUCUAUAAAAUGUAAAUGUUUUGUAUUAUUUCAAUCUGAAUGUCACAAGUGAAUGCAGCAUAUGUAAAUAUAUACACAUAAAUAUAUGUGUCCAUGUUAAGGCUUGUUCUUGUUAUGUUUCUUACAGGUGUAAAUCAAACAUUUCCAAUAAAGGUGCCGAUGAGUCAGUAUUCCCAGGAUUAACUGACAGCAGAGAGCGAGUACGGACAUGUAGCUCUGCGCUGUGACAGGACAGUUGAUGGGGAGAGGCGUGGUGAAGCAACAGAGGCGGAUCAAACGGGAUGUUUUGAAUUCUACCUCACCUGAGCUAAGACUGCGUAGGCCGUCUUGUUCAUUCUCCCGCUGCUGUUCAGUAGCACAGAGGCACAGAGGGAAGAUGAAUCUCUACAGGAGCUUUGGAAACCUCAUGGAGGCAUGGGUAACCGAAGGAGCGCAGGUUUCGGACUCAGCAUGGCUUGGAAAUAAUUAUGAAGACCCUUCUAUGCGUUCAUCUGACGUGGGAACGAACAUACGCACAGAAUCUGUGGACUCUGGAGUGGAGACAGCCAGCUCUGUCACAUCCUUACCUCCUACCCCUUCCUCUGUCUCAGCAGAUCAUACAGAAAUAGACUCUUUUACACCUGAAAGAGAAAGGGACUCAACAUCACAGUCUCCUAUCCUCUCUUUUCCUGUGCCUCCCUCUUCUUCCUCUUCCUCCCCGCACCUCCGACCCAGCAGAGCCCAGGAGAGCUCCACAGCCUUGCAAUUAAAAGUGGAGCAAGCAAUAAAGAAGACUGACUCUAAAUGUCUGCAGAACAACCCUAAAGACCUCCUCAUAGCGGAUGUGGUGCUCAGGCGGCGACCUGGAGCAUCUUUUGUAUCCAAACGGCCUACAUCGGAGUUAUUAAGAGGUCAAAGGUCGGAGAGUUUUAGGCACUUGAGGACAGCGAACUCAGCAGUGCCUAUAAGGCAGUUUUCAGAAUCAUAUAGACGGCCAAGGUCUGCGAGUUGUAUAAAGCCGCCAGUUCAGACCAGAAGAGAGGACCUUGGUGCAGAGGAGAGGAACGAGCUGAGUCCUGGGCUCCUGUACUUGGAGCAGGUGUGCCAAAUGUUAGAAGAGAUUGCCAAACAGCAGAUGCACAGCCGAGCGUUACAGAUGGAGACGGAUGCUCUGAGGGAGCAUCAAGACCUGGAGGAGAGCCAGGCUCUCGACGCUUGUCAGAGUGACUCUAAACCUUCCGAGGAGGAUAUGAUUUCCUGUGAAACGCUUGAAAUUCAAGAAAGUUCAGAGCAAAUCUCCAGUGAACCUCAGCAGCGUAGAGACCAUCCUUACAGACUUUUUCGGCAGAGAUCGGCUUCAGAGACAAAUAUUUCAUCAGUGCAUUUAGGAACGCAGAAUGCAGACUGCAGAGGGCAGCAUCGGAGUAAAGAUGACCUGCUGGAAAAGGAAGAGGAUGACCAGGAGAUUCAGGAGUCUGAAAAACAAGAGACGCCUAAAACCAACAAGAACUGGAAGAUGAAAUUUGGCUCUUUCACAAGAGAGUCUUCCCUGAGAGAUUUAAAGGGCCAACAGAUGCAGUCAUCUGAGAGAAACUCCGCCCGACGACGGCUGAGCCAGCUGUUCAGGAGGAAGACUACGAAGGCUGUGACCGUGUAAACGGACCAGAGCGUCUGUGUGGAUGUUUGGAUAUUUGGGUUUCAAUUCUGAAGAGGAAGCUGUUACUUCAGAGGUCUGAGAAGUGACACUGCUUUCGAACUGACUUCAUAUUCAGCUAUUUGGAUCAAGAAAUUGCCAUAUUUUAUUUAUUGUCGACUGUAUUAUAUUUUUUAUACUGAUCAAUAAUGUUUCUUCUACUGUUGUUUCUCCGUUAUUUGAUAGCACUGCAAAAUUUGACGUCCAAACAUCAAACUUGUUUCUGUAAUAAGCUAAAAGAUUGGUGAACAACCAGUACUAAUGCACUGUAUAGUAAUACACUUGAAAAUAACUUUGAAA